AGUCGCUCAGAACAAGAAGAAGAAGAAGAAGAAGUGGAAAGUGUGAAUCCUCCGCGCAGCGAAGGAGCAGAACUAGGAGGUGACGCCGCUCAUUUCCGCGUCUGAAUUCAGCGGUGACACCGAGGCUUUGAGGAGGCAGAGGACAUUAUCAGGAGCCGCGCGCUGUUAUAACGGGACAUCUGCGCAGCAAUGGCAACCCCCCAGCAUUGAGGAGCUUUUUGCAUCACAGAAUCAUCGACAGUCAGCUUCCCUCCUCUCUUUUGUUUGAACCAUGGACUCCUCUGGGGACCUGACCCCAGCCUUGGAUGGGCCUGUUAACCCCAAAGGCUUCUCCGGUCGCCUGGAUCUCAGCGGCCUCUACCAUCUGGGCCGGACGCUGGGAAGAGGCCACUUUGCUGUGGUGAAACUGGGCCGUCAUGUCAACACAGGGCAACUGGUGGCUGUAAAGAUGAUCGACAAGACCAAGCUGGACGUCAUGGCAACAAGCCACCUCUUACAGGAAGUCAAGUGUAUGAGGCUGGUGCAGCAUCCAAACGUGGUCCGGCUCUACGAAGUCAUCGACACUCCCACCACUCUCUACCUUGUCAUGGAGCUGGCUGAGGGCGGCGACCUUUACGAUUACAUCCUGCGCCAUGAGGGCGGCGUGGCCGAGGCCACCGCCAAGCGCCACUUUGCUCAGAUUGUGCGUGCGGUGUCGUAUUGCCACCAGUUGCACGUGGUGCACCGGGACCUGAAGCCGGAAAACGUGGUGUUCUUCCCCCAACAAGGCGCCGUGAAGUUGACAGACUUUGGAUUCAGCAAUUUAUUCCAGCCGGGGAUGAUGUUGGCCACCAGCUGCGGGUCGCUGGCUUAUUCUGCUCCGGAAAUCCUGCUGGGAGAGGAGUAUGAUGCUCCAGCUGUGGAUAUCUGGUCUCUUGGGGUGAUCCUGUACAUGCUGGUCUGUGGAGUCCCUCCCUUCCAGGAAACUAACGACAGCGAGACUCUGGUCAUGAUCCUGGACUGCCGCUACACUGUCCCUGAACACGUUUCAGAGGACUGCAGAGAUUUGAUCUCCAGGAUGCUGCAGAAGGAUCCAUGUUGCCGUGCGUGUCUCGAUGAGAUCGAGGCUCACCAGUGGCUGCAGGGCCUGGAUGACGCCCUCCUCAGCCCUGAGGCGCCACCCCACUGGGUCACAGGGGCCCUCUCUGCUACGUCUCCCUCGCUGUGUGCCCCAGAGUCCGGGGAUCUGCUGGCUAUGAGGUCUUUGGCUCAGCAGACGUUUCCUGGGACGUGGCAGCCCAGCCUCUGCUUCACCCUCCGGCCUGCUCCUGCUGAAGAGCCUCCUGUGGGCAAGAACGUCCCUGCGCUGCAGCAGAUCUGUGAGGAGGACGAGGAGGAGGAGCAGGAGGAGGGUGAAGAAGAAGAAAACAGUACAUUGAGAGAAAUAGAGGAGGAAGUGGAGGAGAUGUCGGAGUGCAUGGAAAACCUGGAAGAGUUUGGUAAAACAGAGGAGGAAAAGUCAGUGGAGAUGGAAAGAGAAAACGAAGACAGCGGUUGUGUGAUAUCAGAUCAGCCUGUCAGUCAUCGGGAUGAGACGCUCAGCCAGACAUCUGAAGUCACUCCAUCCUCUCCGGCUUUAAGGGUGUCUUGUUGUCAGCUGAACAUCUCUAACAGAAAAGAGGGAGAGGAUGAAGAGAUGGAGCCCAACAACAACACUGGCAAACCACCUCCUCUGCUCUUAACACCAGACUCCUGUCAGUCCUGCAUCUCUGCAUCCUCCGCCAGCCUGAGGGAGAAAACGGAAAGGGAGGAGGAAGCAAAUGAAAAGAACGGGACGGCAGAAAAGCCUCAACCCCAAAAUCCUCCUGGAACCAGGGGCGAGUCGCUACCGAGGGCGGAGCAGGGGAAGCGGCACAGCAUCAAGCUCCGAGACAGACUCUUCCACUUCCCUUUGUGUGAGAAAGCUCUGGCCUUCAACAUACCCACACAAAACAAGCCCAAGAUCCUGCCGCUGGCUCAGUACAACUGCUGCCACGUGCUGUAGCGAACAUCGGCUUCAGGGCCGCCUUCUCUCUGGACGCACAGGCUGCUUAGCAGGCAGCAGGUGGUGGAAGCCUGAACAUAGACCUUGUGAAGUGGCGCCAGCUGAACUCUCUGCAGAGACGACGAGCUAAAACGCCCUCAGCACACAAACACGCAGCUUCACAUACCCCCACUUCUAACAGUGUGCUCAUGUAAUAGACGUUGUUUUAGUGACAGUCAAAGGUGACAUGAACCAAGGAAUUUAUUUCCAUUUGCUGCUGUGUACAGGAGGGAGCGCAGAAUAAAAAAAAGAAAAUUCAGCUUUUCAUUUGUAGCUUUGAGACAAAACUCCAACCUUGUUGGUCAUGGAGUCGUUAGGAGGAAGAUGAGGGCGAGAUUUAAUUCACUGUAUAAGCUAGAGAUCUUUUGUUUGAAGGUGCCUAUGAAGAUUAAAUGGAUUAACAGCGACUGUUUCAUCCACAUGACCGUCAGUCCAGGGCAGGUCCUCUGUGCUGCAUUCCGUUCAUCAGCGAGAAUACAUCAUCAGUCCCGUCAGCCAUUUUUAAGGUAUAUUAGUCUAUCCACCAUUAGAAAAGGAGAACAACAGAAUACACUUUUAUUGCACUACAGGAAAAUUUUCAAAAAUGCCUUUUCUUUCUUUAUUUGGGUGUAAAUUCUUCUGUCUGUCUGUUUUUAAAUCAAGAAAAUAAUAAUCAAGUUCCUUCAUUUCUUCUUUUUUAAUAACAUAGAAAGGACAUCCACACAAUGAUCUAAUAGUUAGCUUCACUCAUCUUUAUUUUUCUAUAGAUCCAUUGAGAGAAGCAAACUAUUUUGGGAUGUUAAUGAACAGGUUGCAACAUUUAUUUCCUGGUAAAAUCCGAAUUAGUCAGGAUUCAUGACAAAAGCUAAACUAGCUGGGAUUAUUUUGCUAAUUUCUCUUCAAGGUAUUGUGUUAGACCCACUUUAAUUACCUGAAAGUAGUUUUUUUAUUUUCUUAUGAGCAAUUCUUUGUACCCAUAAUCUAUAUUUAGGUGCAUUAUUAUGGGAUCUACAACUUUUCCUCCAUAACUUUGCUAUAGAAUUAUGGCCUAAUCUUUCUACC